GCUGGGGGGUCCCGGGCGGUUGAGCGCCUCCAGCUCCUCCUCCAUCAUGCGGCUGCAGCCCCGGUACUGGUCGUCGAAGGCGGUGGGGGCCAUGUCCAGCACCACCUCCUUGAUGUGGCCGAGGUCUCGCUGGCGCAGGGGGCUGCUGGCAGCCAGGGUCUGGGCCAGCAGCACCAAGCCCAGCACCAGAUGCUCCAUGGUGGGCAGAGCCUCCCCGAGGGAAGCCCCGGGCUGCUGCGGUGCGGCGGGCAGGGAAGCAGCCGGCUCCGCCACGAGCGGCUGGAGCGAGAGCCAGGUCGAUCUCUCGCACUUGUCCCCAGAGGAGAGAUGGAGGGUGGAGCAUGCCCGGAUGCAUGCCAAGCACCGCGGUCACGAGGCUAUGCACGCCGAGAUGGUCCUCAUCCUCAUCGCCACGCUAGUGGUGGCACAGCUCCUGUUGGUUCAGUGGAAACAGAGGCACCCUCGCUCCUACAACAUGGUGACCCUCUUCCAGAUGUGGGUGGUACCUCUCUAUUUCACGAUCAAGCUGUACUGGUGGCGGUUCCUGGUAAUCUGGGUGCUCUUCUCGGCAGUCACGGCUUUUGUCACCUUCAGGGCAACGCGAAAACCGCUGGUGCAGACAACGCCCAGGCUGGUUUAUAAAUGGUUUCUGCUGAUAUACAAGAUCAGCUAUGCCACUGGAAUCGUAGGGUACAUGGCCGUGAUGUUUACACUUUUUGGUCUUAACUUACUAUUCAGAAUCAAACCAGAAGACGCCAUGGACUUUGGCAUCUCCCUCCUCUUCUACGGUCUUUACUACGGGGUGCUGGAGCGGGACUUUGCCGAGAUGUGUGCGGAUUACAUGGCCUCGACAAUCGGGUUCUACAGCGCCUCGGGGAUGCCCACCAAGCACCUCUCCGACAGCGUCUGCGCCGUCUGCGGCCAGCAGAUCUUCGUGGACGUCAACGAGGAGGGGAUCAUCGAGAACACCUACCGCCUCUCCUGCAACCCCAGGUUCCACGAGUUCUGCAUCCGGGGCUGGUGCAUCGUGGGGAAGAAGCAGACGUGUCCGUACUGCAAGGAGAAGGUGGAUCUCAAGCGGAUGUUCAGCAACCCGUAUCCUUUCUCCGGCCGGCACCCAGCGCCUUGCGGAGGGGAGCAGUGGGUCGAGCACGCGAGGGGCUGGGCAGCGUGCCCGGGAGCUGCUGGCUGCUCACUUGGGCUUGCCCACGAUGGCCGCGUCACCCGGGGGAGAUGCGGCGCGGCCGUGCCACGUGCCCCGCCGAGCCCUUUUGGUUUUCCUUUCGGGUGA